AAACCGUUGCAAGUAAGGCAUUUCAUCAUUGUCUCUUUUUUUUUCCCCCUCCACUCUACUCUCCAGAGUCUCCACUACCACCCACAUAACCACUUGGCCAUUUUCCUUCCUUGAUCAGCUCCUCUGCGAAACCUUGUGCUCUCUCAAUCCACCACAAAAAAAAAAAAAACACAAUGGAGUUCAAAGACCCAAUUUCCUCCCAAAUCCAACAAACCCAAGAACAAAACCUCUCAUUCUCACCUCUCAACCUCGACUUUGAUCUUAAAAUUGCUGGUGACGAAACCCACCACUUGGCCGUCGUGGCAGCACCGAUCGUCUCCUCCUACAACGACCGCAUCCGCCCCGUCCUCGACGCCGUCGACAAGCUCCGCAACCUCGCCGUCAUGGACGAAGGCAUCGAGCUCCCCACCAUCGUCGUCGUCGGCGACCAGUCCUCGGGCAAGUCCUCCGUCCUCGAGUCUCUCGCCCGCAUCAACCUCCCUCGCGGCCAGGGAAUCUGCACCAGAGUCCCCCUCGUCAUGCGGCUCCAAAACCACUCCUCUCCAGAACCCGAAAUUUUCUUGGAGUACAGCGGCAAAGUGGUCCCCACCACCGAAGAUAACAUUUCGGAAGCCAUCAAUAUGGCUACUGGGGAGAUCGCCGGCAACGGGAAGGGAAUAUCCAAAACCCGCCUGACUCUGACGGUGAAGAAACAGGGCGUUCCUGAUUUGACGAUGGUGGAUCUUCCGGGAAUCACCAGAGUCCCUGUUCUUGGUCAACCGGAGAACAUCUACGACCAGAUAAGGGACAUUAUAAUGGAGUAUAUUAAGCCGGAAGCAAGUAUUAUACUUAAUGUUUUGUCGGCGACUGUCGAUUUUCCGACUUGCGAGUCGAUUCGGAUGUCGCAGAGUGUCGACAAAAACGGAGAGAGAACGCUUGCUGUGGUCACCAAAUGCGAUAAAUCUCCAGAAGGACUUCUCGAGAAGGUGACUUCUGAUGAUGUGAAUAUUGGUCUUGGUUAUGUCUGUGUGAGAAACAGA